AGACUACAUUUGCCGUCCACAAACAUCUCCAUUGACCCUUUUUUCUGACUUCUGAAUUUCGUUUUGGGACUUGAUAUUUAGUGCUGCUCCACUACAAUGAGAGUCUGAUACCAUAAUUGCAUGAACGAACAAGGGUAGUCAUUUCUGGUUAACUGGAACCAUGGAAGAUGAUUCUUUCUCCCAUAUAAGAACUCGAUACAUGCGCUUGAUCAAGUUUUAUCAAUCAAUAGGACAAGAAAAGCCGGUUAUCCCUCCAAUCUCCGGUUCCAGGCCGGAAGAUACACCUAAGGGGGAGCGGGCUAUCCGGGUCAUUGCCACUAGGCCCGAAGAUGAGCUUAUGGAGAUGGCUAUCAGGACCCUCUUUGUCAGGCCCGAAGACAGACUUAAGCAUAGGCGAUCAUCUGUUGCCCGUGAUGAUAAUAUCCAGAAACGCUUGAAAUCUGUCAUUCAAGAUGCCCGGCAAGGCUGGACGUACGCAAUCUUCUGGCGAGUUUCUGAAGCUUUGGACCCCAUGAAUCCUCUACUGUUAAGCUGGUGUGAUGGGUACUUCUCUGAAGAAGCUGGACAGAUUACUAAUUUUCGAGCAAUGCCUCCGCCGUGUGUGGGGGAGCUAGAGCACAGGAAAAGUGUCUUCCGGCAGAUCACCUCUUUGUUGUGUGAGGGAGUUGCAGAGCCGGAAGAAGAGGUGACUGAUUCGCUGUGGUUUUUCCUCGUUUCUGCGACUCAGUUUUUUGUUGGUGGAGCUGGGCUCCCGGGCCGGGCCUUCGAGACGUCUACUGCAAUUUGGGUUACUGGCACUCAGAAGCUGGCGGGCUUGGAUUGUACGCAUGCAGAUGAGGCCCGGAAAUAUGGGAUCCAGACUUUGGUUAAUACACCUGUGGAAGACGGCGUCGUAGAGCUGGGAUCCACCAUCCACGUCCUUGAUUCUUCCCACGUCUGACCUUAAUCUGUCAGAUAGGGUGAAAAGAUUGUUCAAGUCUAGGAACAAUACUAGUAAUAUUGAGCAAACGCGGUUCAGAAAUCCUUUACAAAUUAAAUAUACGGUCAAGUGCACUGCUGCUGCUUUCUCGGGUUUGCAAGCCUGGAGAUUUC